GGGGUGGGCACGCCGUUGCCAUGGCAACGCGACGCUGAGGGGAAGGAGGGGCGGCCAUGGCGGCCCUGAGGGGGAACGGCGGCCGCUGCAGAGCUGCGGGGCUGUGGGGACGGGCAGGGUCCAACGCCAGGGCUUGACGUGGAGUUCCAGCUGCUCAGCAAAAAGGCUCAGCCAUGGCAGACAAAGCCAAGCCCAAGGGUGGCAAAGGGAAGCCCCAGAAGAAGGAGAAGGCGGUGGUGAAGGAGGUGGACGUGCUGGGCCCCGCCGCCAUGCUCAACGCCUACUACAUCUCCCACAACGUCGCUGCCUUCCUCGAGUUCCGGGGCUACCCCUGGCCUGGCUCUCCCAAAAAGAAGGGGAAGAAGAAGUGAGAGCCAAGCUGCCAGGUGAUUAAACUCGUCCUGACCUCCGCA